UCUGUUGCCGCUGCUGUUUCGAACGGUUGAUGUGUCAAGUGAACUAGCGCGGUUAUGAAAAUGCUGUGAAAGUGUUUUUUACCUAUUUGUGACUGAAAUUUGUACGAAAUUAUAAUUUUAGGAGUUGUUAAUGGUAGUGAUGUGUUUGUUACCGUGUUUAAGUGGACUAUUUUGUAUUAAAUUGUGACCGUAAACGGUGAAUUGUUGGUGUGAUAGUAUCGCAGUCGCCGGUUGUAUCUGUUGUGAUGCUGGUUUUCUGUGACAGAUGAUGUAGCCGAGCAUCGGCGCACAACCAGUAGAAAACUUCAUCCAAAUUCAGUGAAUAAUAACAGCGCUCCCCUAUUUACGUCUCGCCGCGCGUGUGUGCCAAUGCAAAAGUUUAAAAUGCGCGGGUGUGAUUGGUUAGUGCGACGCAUUGAUUGGUGACUAGUGAUGUGCUGUGUCGAUAGUGGUUAUCGAUAGUCGUCAACAUGGCGACGAUGGAUUUGACGAAUGAGGUGGUUCGGUUACGAGCCGAACUUGAGAAGGUGUCCAAUGAGAGGGACAUGCUUCUUUGCGAGCUUUCGUCGUUGAGACGAGAAUUGGAGCUCAGCGAGUUAAAACACCUGCAGGAUGACAGCUUCUCGCAAAAAGUAGACGAGGAAGAAGGUGGAGGUGGGGGGGCACUCCAUCCGCCAGACGGUUUCUACUCCCACCAGCAUUCCAUAGGGCAUCAUGCCCACCACGCGGAGCCAGAUCGCGGCUACAUGCAGGGCAAUCAGUACGUUACUGCUGUCCAUCGCCCAUUACCUGCGUUAAACCAUUCGAAUUCGUCAUGCUCAUCGGCAUCGAACGCUUCGACCGGCGUCGGGCUCUGCCCAGGCGCAGCCGAGCCCGCACCGCCGCUGUACAUCGCCGCUCCACCAGAGGGAUUCGGUCACGCCGUCCAUACCAACAGGCGAGGCACAGACGUUGGGAUCAUGGUUACAGCAGGAAUUACACAAAAAGACACGUCUUUGUCCCAAAAACGGGGCAAGCUUACUAGAGGCCGAUAUGAGAUGUCCCAAGACCUUCUCGAUAAACAAGUGGAGAUAUUAGAAAGAAGGUACGGAGGUCUCAGAGCCAGAAGAGCUGCAGUCACGAUUCAGAGAGCGUUCCGAAGGAGGCAGUUGUUGAAGAAGUUCAGCGCCAUCACAGCGAUGGCGAAGGCUGCCGAUUCUAACGCACGCAGGCUACAGGAUGGCCAGGAUCACCAACUAGUCAAUGGUGGCAACGACAUCUACGCAAACUCGCUAAUACAGAAGAGUCCAGGCGGCGCCGAGAAGGUUCUGGCUCUCACCAGACCCAUGCGCUCCAUGUCGCUGCGGGAGCGACAUGAUAUUGAUAUGAAUAACCACAUGCAAUGUGAAAGCCAAGAAGUGGACGCCAUGAUGGCACGUGUCCAGCAGUCAGCCCACCAGAUUCACAUGAUCGCACAGGACCUGCCGCAUCACCGUAAUGACGCCGACAGUGGGGUAUGCAGUUGCUCAGUGAGUGGUUCCGUGACGAACAUUUCGACGUCGUCAUCUCACAAUGAAUCUCUGCAUAAUCACCAGCUGUUAAACAAUUCAGGUCCAAUUUACGGCAACCUGCUAUCAUCUGGCGGCAAGCCGCUAUCAUCGCCGGCCACCCGGCAGCAACAGCUGGCGGCCGCGCAGGCCGCAGCUGCCGCCGCCGCCGCGAGGCGUUUACCACCUGAGAUUCCGAAGAGAACUAGCAGUAUUACUCUCAAUGCCGAGAGUCCAGUGUCGCUACGCCGAGCGGAGUGCGGAGCGGUGGUGCGCGGAGGAUCUAUGUCCUCUGUUCAGUCCUCUUCCUCCUCAUCGUCACAGGAACACCGCCAUCACUACCACCAACCUUACCAGCCUAGAGCACAAGAACCUCACGUGCACAUCCAAGAACAGCACUUCCAACAGCACCAACGUACUGCCUCUGGAACCCUGUUCGAAGGUCCCGACCGUUACGCCGUGUGGAAGAGGCAGGACGCGCCACCCUAUUACGAAGCCCCUCCCGCGCCUGCUGCCUGCUGUCGCCCUCAACACCCUCAUCAUAAUGCUACUCAGCCUUUGAAGGUGUCAGAGACAGUCCGUAAACGCCAAUACAGAGUUGGCUUGAACUUGUUUAACAAGAAACCCGAGCGUGGUAUCGCGUACCUGAUCUCGCGUGGUUUCCUCGAGAACUCCCCACGAGGUGUCGCCAGGUUCCUCAUCACUCGCAAGGGAUUGAGCAAGCAGAUGAUUGGAGAAUACUUGGGCAAUCUGCAGAACCCGUUCAAUAUGGCUGUGCUUGAAUGUUUCGUAAAUGAGCUAGAUCUCUCUGGUAUGGCCGUGGACGUGGCCCUGCGCCGGUACCAGGCACAUUUCAGACUGCCCGGUGAAGCGCAAAAGAUCGAAAGACUCGUUGAAGCGUUCGCAAGACGCUAUUGCGUCUGUAACCCAGAUUUGGUGCAACGGUUGAGGACACAAGAUACGAUAUUUGUCCUCGCAUUCGCGAUAAUAAUGUUGAACACAGACCUGCACACGCCAAACCUCAAACCUGAAGCACGAAUGUCUCUUGACGAUUUCAUUCGCAAUCUACGCGGCAUUGAUGAUUGCGGGGACCUGGAUCGAGAUAUGCUAGUCGGCAUUUACGAUAGGGUGAAGUCUAGCGAGUUCAGACCUGGCAGUGAUCACGUUACACAGGUGAUGAAAGUCCAGGCUACAAUAGUAGGGAAGAAACCGCACCUUGCGUUACCCCAUAGGCGAUUGGUGUGCUACUGCAGGCUCUAUGAAAUAACCGAUAUACAUAAGAAGGAACGCCCAGGAGUGCAUCAGAGAGAGGUAUUCUUAUUUAACGACCUGCUGGUGAUCACGAAGAUCUUUAGCAAGAAGAAGUCUUCUGUGACGUAUACGUUCCGACAGUCGUUCCCGCUCUGUGGCAUGGUGGUCAACCUGUUCUCUAUGCCGCACUAUCCAUUCGGCAUUCGCCUUUCCCGACGAGUUGAUGGACGUCGUCUUGCGACGUUCAACGCACGCAACGAACACGACCGAUGCAAGUUCGCCGAAGACCUGCGCGAGAGCAUCGCAGAGAUGGAUGAGAUGGAUGCUAUGAGGAUCGAGGGAGAGCUCAGCAGGGGCAAGGGACGUAGUGCCGGUGGUUCGGCGCGGAAUGUGAUGGAAAACCGUGACAGUGGAGUAGCAGACGUUGAUGUUGACCAUCAACAAUGUAUGGAUCACAUGCAUGUACACGGCAUGGUAGUACCUCCACCACCGUCAUGCCCUGCGCCGGCUGCGCCAUCGCGUAUGUCAUCAAACCCGCCGCCCACUAGCAUCAUCAAGAGGAACGUGCUGUCAAACUCGCUCGUCGACAUCAAUGAUCCAGUUGCGCUGGCCGUCGAGCGCCUACAACGACGAGGAUCUGUAGGCUCGCUGGACAGUGGCAUGUCAGUGUCGUUCCAGCAGGGCAGCCGCAACGCGCUGCACGCCACUUCGCCGAGGCACCCGGGGGAACAGCGAUCGCCUGGUCGCCUGUUCAGCGGAAUAUUUCCUGGACGUACGCGUAAACUCAGCGCGUCAGGCAUCCCGGACAACAAGCAGGGACAUGUAGGAAAAAGCACGGAAGUCUAAACUGCACACGCAGAACGGUAGAACGUUGUAAGAAUUUCUAGAGCCUUCUAGAAUAUUCCAGAGAGUUCGGACUUCGAAUCGAAUGUUCAAGAUUUCAAACAUCGGAAUCCAGUGAGGGGUUCCGUAUUUUUUUUCAACAUUGUUGACUUUGAAAUUUUAACCACAUUGAGAAUUAACGUCUCAUUUUCUGUGCCAUCUUUUUUUUCGAAACUUCGUAUGUUGAAUGGAUUUACUAAUUAUAAUUUGUAUUGAAAUAAGUGAAUUCACGAGUCUAUUUUCGACUUUGGAACUGUAUUAUCUACAAAAAAAAUUAAGAAAAGGUUUAUAUCGUGAUCGUAAAUUGAAGUAGUAAUUUUGUAACUACUUGAUAGUAGGUAUGGCUGUCCAAAGUAUACAAUUACCAACUUAUCUGUGGUAUGAGAUUGUCAGUUAGGGAUGUAGUGCAUGUGCAGGCGCUAUGCGGGGACACUCUACUGAUAACUACGUGCGAGUGCAGUCGCGAGCGCUGUGCAUACAUUUGAUGACCUCGGUGGUCAAGUGGCUUGAACACCGGUUUUCAUGGUGUCGCCAUCUCUGAGGUCCUGGGUAUAGAACCCAGCCCCGGCCGGGUCAAUGUAGAAUAAAAAACAUAACUUUUCUGCAUUACCUCGGGUUUAGGUGUUUGUGGGAUCGGAGCAACUUAUGUGAUGUUGUGUAAUACAAAAUACAUAUUGCCUAUUACCUGUCGAAUAGCAAAAGGUGUUUUAAAUGUACUGAGAGAUAUUAACUGUCGAUUUUCAUGUCGGAUUUUAGUCAUAUCACAGAUAACUUAGUGGCAUUGUAUUCGGUCAUAGAAAUGGCUUGCCGUUUUUAUUACACAUUAAACAAAUAUCUAUAGAUGCCAUUUAAUGAUUACAUCAAAGUACGGUCAGCUUUAUAAAUUUACAAUGAAUACAAUCACGUGUUCGGACUUCCAAACGUGCCAAUCUAGAGGUACAUUAACACUAUGGCAAAGUUGACGUAAAAGUUUAGUGUGAUAGAAAACCGCAUCGGCCAAUAGGAGGUCUCCUUGAAGGUAAAUUACUUACGACGUCUAUAAAAAUGCAAGUAUGAUAACUCCAAACAAACGUAGUAGCGCGGUUUGUAUGUGUGCGCGCCCGCCGCGUGCCGUGGACGGACGCACACAUUAGCAUAAUUUCGCGAUGCACUUUCACGAUUAUUAUGCGAAUGUAUACGUGCUUACAUAGCGCGCGGCGAGCGCGCACACACACAUAUAAGCCGCGCUGCUGCUUGUAAUGAAGUUAUCAUACUUUUCUUGUUACACUACGCCAAAGACAGCUCUUUUAGAGGGCCGCACUAGCCAAUAGGAGGUCUUGUAGGCGGUGUACGGCCAAUAUCAGUUCUGUUAGAGGAUAUAGUGAUGCACAAAUUUAAUUCUGUAUUGCGUAUUUGUAACUAACGCAAUCGUAAUAGCCGUGAAUGCGGACUCGCGGUCGUUUAUUGAUGUGUUAUGUGGUGUCAAAUUGUAUUUUGACCAAUCAUAAUGGUUUUAGUAAAAUUUCAAAGUACAAUAUGACGAAUCUGGGUUAUGAGACGCUAGUGACGCGCGCGGAGUUAUGAUAUUUCCUUCUACACAUUCUACGGCUUUGUCAUAGAGAUUCCAAUUAUAUGAUCAUGAUUUUGACAAUAUACACCAUUACUGCAAAGACAUUUUUGUGGAAAUUACUUUGUCUCCUAUUGAAAAGACAUGUGUUUUGGUAUAGGUAUAGUGACCGAAUAAACGAAAAUGGGUCCAUGUAUGGGAGUAGAUAUUUUGGUGUUAGGUGUCACUUAAGAAAGGUUAUAUUGAUUUUUACGACAUUUUGAUACUAUUUUCAGUCAAGUUGAGACUAGUUAAAUGUGGUGUGGUUUAAAAAUGGUAAUUGUGUAAAUCCGCAUGCAAAAGA